AUGACCGCUGUUGCGACCCUCUCGACGACCGAGGUCAUCGCGUCAGCCAACGAGCUCCUCUCAGCCCACAGCGCACUCUUAUCCAACCUACGGACCAAGCAACAGCAACAACGACGGCAGCUGCAUUCGCUCCAACCACCACCUAAUGAAGUUUUAAGAUUACCCUUGUUGCCCUCGCCUUCACCUUCGCCGCCGCCUCCAGACGAGGAUAAUGAACAGCACCACGAGGAAGGCUCGUCAACGUCUCCUCCAAAGAGGGUGCUGAGGGCAGAUUUACCCCCUAUAAAGCGCGCCAGGGCGCUCAGGUAUCUCAAUUAUAUCCCGGAGGAAGAAACUAUACGGAACGACUACUCGCAACGAUACGUGGAUAGCGGCGAAUGGCCCCAGAAUUGGGUGUUGGGCGCUGAACCUGAACGGAGGUUUGAAGAAUACCCCAAACAACAACGUCUCCUUAAUCUAAAGAAAGCUUCAGUGAACAACCACUCCCUCCCACCUUCAUACCUGCCCUAUUCCCAGCUCAGCACCCUGAACUCGAGUAAAUUCGACGUUAUACUCCUCGAUCCUCCCUUCUCCUCCUCGUUUACGUGGGAUAACCUCCAGGAGCUGCCUAUACCUUCGUUGGCUGCCGACCCGAGUUUUGUGUUUUUGUGGGUGGGAAGUGGUGCUGGAGAAGGCCUCGAGCGGGGGCGAGAGGUGUUGGCGAAGUGGGGGUAUAGGCGGUGUGAGGAUGUGGUUUGGGUGAAGACCAAUAAAACGACUAACCAGGGCCCUGGGACAGACCCACCGACGACGUCUCUGUUGACGCGUACUAAACAACACUGUUUAAUGGGUAUUCGAGGGACGGUGCGGAGAUCUACGGAUAGUUGGUUCGUCCAUUGUAACGUCGACACGGAUGUGAUAAUUUGGGAAGGCGAUCCUACAGACCCAACUCGCAAACCCCCCGAAAUGUACACCCUAAUCGAGAACUUCUGCCUAGGCAUUCGGCGCCUCGAAAUCUUCGGACGCCCCUCCUCUCUCCGUCGAGGCUGGGUAACGGUCCUGGGACCCAACCAAGACGAGCAACUCGAGACGCUCGAAGACGGGACGGUGCAUGUGGCGGGUAAGGAAGGUGGACGAGGGAGUUUAUGGACGCAGCAUGAUUGGGAUGAGGGGAUUAAGGAGUUGGUUGCUGCUGGUAAUCCUGGAGGAGUUGCAGGUGUAGUGGGGAGUGGAAAGCCGGUUGUGCCGAUGACGAGCGAGAUUGAUGCUUUGAGGCCUAAGAGUCCUGUGAGACCUGGCCAGAAUGCGGCGGGGCAUCAUCAUCACGGGAGCACGGGUGGUGGGGGAGGUGUUGGUGGGGGAGUGGGAGGGCUGCCGCCGAACCCGAUGACUGGGCAUGCGACGCCUAUGCAGCUGCCGCCGAGGUUUAGUGCGGGUGGAGGUGGAGGAGGGCGGGGCUUUGGUGGUAUGGGAACGAGUGGAGGGACUAUGAUGGGUCCUCCUGGUGCUGCAGCUGGGAGAGGAGGAGUGGGAGGUAUGGGUGGUCCCGGAGGCCAGCCUAUGGUCCCCAUGGGCGUGCAGCAGAUGAUGGGUGUGAACGAUAUCAUGGGCGCGGCGUGGAAUAACCUCACGUCGAUGAAUAACCUCAACAACAUGAGCAACAUGGGAGCUAUGAACCCGGGGAUGGGGAUGGGCGUCAGCGUACCGGGUAUGAUGCCUAUGGUCGGUGUCAACCCCGGGACCCUCGCGGGGAUGAACAAUAUGGGAGGAAUGAAUGUGCAGGGCAUACAGCCGGGUGGAGGAGGAGGCAUGGGCGUCAACGUGAAUGCGAUGGGAAUGGGAGGUCCGCAGAUGGGUAUGUUGAACCAGAUGGCGGCUGCUGGGCAGAUGUCGAUGCAUGAUGGAUUUGGACAACAUCCGCAGGGUAUGCCGGGCAUGUUCAAUCCGGGCAUGGGGGCUUGGGGAGGUGGAGGUGGAGGGGAUGGGCAGUUUGGUAUGGAGGGCGGACAUGGGCAAUGGGAUGGUGGACAGGGGGUUGUGCCCAACAUGAUGGGUGCGGCUGGUGGGAUGAAUAUGCAAGGAAUGCAGGGGAUGCAUGGGAUGGGGAUGGGUCAGUGGGGUCAUGGAGGUCCUCAGGGUAACUUCUGA